AUGCCCACGUCAGGGACCCAAAAUAGCCCACGCGCCCAGGGUCCGAAAUCAAACAAGAAGCCAAAUACCCGGGGCGUUGAGCGGCUCGGGCCAGAGUGCCGGCCUAGGGCUGGGAACCAAGGGCCCGGCGGGGGCGGCCCGGGGCGAGGGCGAGGCUUCGAGCCUAUUAAAGCUCGGUCCGCGGGGGCAGAGUGGGGCGAUGGAGCGCGCAACGGCGACCAGGCGGGGCACGGGCCCCGGCACGGGCCAGCAGGAAACGCCCGCGAGCCCGAGUCUCCAGCUGCAGCUUCGCUGCUGGCGCCCAUGGACCUAGGAGAGGAGCCACUGGAGAAGGCGGAGCAAGCCCGCACAGCCAAAGACCCAAACACCUACAAAGUGCUGUCGCUGGUUUUGUCAGUAUGUGUGCUAACAACUAUUCUUGGUUGUAUAUUUGCGUUGAAACCAAGCUGUGACAAAGAAGCACAUAUAUGGACUUGCAACAAAUUCAGGUGCGGUGAGAAGAGGCUGUCCAGAUUCGUGUGCUCCUGUGCAGACGACUGCAAAACCCACAAUGACUGUUGCAUCAACUACAGCUCUGUGUGCCAAGAUAAGAAGAGUUGGGUAGAAGACGCAUGUGAAAGCAUCAAUACAGCACAGUGUCCAGCAGAGUUUGAAUUACCACCUACUCUCUUGUUUUCUUUGGAUGGAUUCAGAGCUGAAUAUUUGCACACCUGGGGUGGACUUCUUCCUGUCAUUAGCAAGCUGAAAAAAUGUGGAACGUACACUAAAAACAUGAGGCCUAUGUACCCUACCAAGACGUUUCCCAACGAUUACAGCAUCGUCAUAGGACUUUAUCCAGAAUCCCAUGGCAUAAUUGACAACAAGAUGUACGAUCCCAAAAUGAAUGCUUCUUUCUCGCUUAAAAGUAAAGAGAAAUUCAACCCUUUGUGAUACAAAGGACAGCCGGUAAGCUACUUAUUGUGGCUAUUAAAAUAGUUUAAGCUGGUGAACAAUUACAGCUUCAUUUUUGAAGAAUCCCAAGCUUGUAAACGGCUCCUCAGAGUUUUAGGGAUGCUACCCCAGUGCUGUAGGAUUUUUAAUCAGGAUCAACUGUUGAAUUAUUCUUUCCACUCUGUUUUUCAAUGUGUUCGUAAAAUAUUACAUUUUGAUACUGUUUGAUUUAGACCACACUUUUACACUCUGUAUUUAGAAGAACCAGAUUCUUCCGGGCAUUCACAUGGACCAGUCAGCAGUGAGGUGAUCAAGGCCUUGCAGAAGGUUGACCACAUGGUUGGCAUGCUGAUGGAUGGCCUGAAGGACCUGGGCUUGGAUAAGUGCCUGAACCUCAUUCUCAUUUCAGAUCAUGGCAUGGAACAAGGCAGCUGUAAGAAAUAUGUGUACCUGAAUAAGUAUUUGGGGGAUGUGAACAAUGUUAAGGUUGUGUAUGGACCUGCUGCUCAACUGAGACCCACUGAUGUUCCAGAGACAUACUAUUCAUUUAACUAUGAAGCCCUUGCAAAAAAUCUUUCUUGCCGGGAACCAAACCAGCAUUUCCGGCCUUACCUGAAACACUUCUUACCCAAGCGCUUACACUUUGCUAAAAAUGACAGGAUUGAGCCGCUGACCUUCUAUCUGGACCCUCAGUGGCAACUUGCAUUGAAUCCAUCAGAAAGGAAAUAUUGUGGGAGUGGAUUUCAUGGUUCUGACAUGUUUUCAAGCAUGCAAAUUGUGCCAAUCAAGGACUUUGAGAAGCAGUUUAAUGUGACCACAGAAGAUGGUAAGGAAACUCAUGGUACAAAUCAAUUUGUUUGGCCUCGAAAUGUCGAGUUAACGCUUUACCAUUCUUGGAACUAUGCAGAUUUAUUGGGUUUGAUCCCAGCUCCUAAUAAUGGAAGUCAUGGCAGUCUCAACCACCUUCUCAAGAAACCCAUUUAUAACCCAAGUCAUCCCAAAGAAGAGAGCCUCCCAUCCCAGUGUCCAAUCAAAUCAAUAGCCAGUGACCUCGGCUGCACAUGUGACCCCUGGAUUGUGCCAAUCAAGGACUUUGAGAAGCAGCUUAAUGUGACCACAGAAGAUGUCUCUGCUCCACACCUGAUACCUGCUGACUCUCCACCAUUUGUUCCUCAGGACCAGUUCUCCAGAGAUGAAUUUUCCAACUGUUUGUACCAGGACCUUCGGAUCCCCCUUAGCCCAGUGCAUAAAUGUUCCUAUUAUAAAAGCAAUUCUAAACUAAGUUAUGGGUUCCUCAUGCCACCGAGACUAAAUAGAGUUUCAAGUCAAAUAUAUUCUGAAGCGUUGCUUACUUCUAAUAUAGUGCCAAUGUAUCAGAGUUUUCAAGUUAUAUGGCAGUACCUUCAUGACACCCUACUGCAAAGGUACGCCCGAGAAAGGAAUGGCAUCAAUGUUGUAAGCGGUCCCGUGUUUGACUUUGAUUAUGAUGGACGUUAUGACUCCUUAGAGCUCCUGAAACAAAACAGCAGAGUCAUUCGCAGUCAAGAAAUUCUGAUUCCGACGCACUUCUUCAUUGUGCUCACCAGCUGCAAGCAGCUAUCUGAGACUCCCGUAGAGUGCGCAGCCCUAGAGUCCUCAGCCUUUAUAUUGCCUCAUAGGCCUGAUAACACUGAGAGCUGCACGCAUGGGAAGCGGGAGUCUUCAUGGGUCGAGGAGUUGCUGGCCUUGCACAGAGCUCGGGUCACAGAUGUGGAACUCAUCACCGGCCUCAGCUUCUACCAGGACCGCCAAGAGUCAGUUUCAGAACUGCUGAGAUUGAAAACACAUUUGCCAAUCUUCAGCCAAGAAGACUGAGUGGUUUCUAUUAAAAAGAAAAAUACGCCAUAGAUCUUUUUGAAAGAGUCUUAUAUUUUAUACAGUUCUCUACUCUUUUGCAUUGUUUGGAAACUGUCAAGUGGAGUUAAAACUGGGACUCCUGUGUGGUGUUGAUGUCCCUGGGCUGUGUGACAACUCAGAACAUCUGCAGAGUGUUCCUGUCCUGUGCCAUGCAGAUUUCCUGUCUAAAAUUUAGAUGUGUUACUAAUGCACUGGGAGUAAAGACACUUCACGUCACGCCUGGGCAUGUUCUUAGGGUCUCCUGUAAGGCACAGGGGCAGUCUGGGGACCUGAUGUUGGGAUCGUAUUAUUGUUAAUAAAACUAAGUAAAGGACUGGGGAAGCUCAUGUCCCAUUAAAAAAAUGAAAAAUGGUUCUGGAUUAAUUUUUACAUGGAGUUUCAGUUUUAACUAAAUGAGGUCCCAUUUCUACCUUUUCUGUCUCCCCCUCCAAUAACCAAAUCAUUACUCUUGUGCUUUUAAAACAAAUUGUGAUUGGGUCUCAUCAGGUUUAGUGGCUUUCGAAAACUGAACAUUUGAUGGAAAAUUUGUGAGUUAAGUAUAUCUAGCUUUUAUAAAAAUUACACUCUAUGUUUGUACACACAUGCACGCAUGUACACACAUACACAUGUAACACACACACGUGUGCACACUCUCAAAUAUGCACAUGCACACACAUAAGCACAUGCACAUCUCAGUCCACUUCACUAGAAGUAAAUGAAAAGAGCCCUGAGCAGAGUUCUCUCAGGCUGUUAAAACUAACUGGGCUGUGUUUGCAUGAAACCUGGAGAAAUCACUGGCACUUGCAAAGUGGCAUUUUUUCAUUGAGAAGGGUGUUUCCUCUGCACAAGAGACCCCACCCCCACCCCCAUGGGAGAAGGGCUUUGCCUGGCUUAGCUCUUGAGUUUGAAGCUGUGUAGAACUGAAGAGAAUGUGUCACUCAUCAUUUAACAUCUUCAUUGUGCGCGAGACACAUGACAUAGUGAUGUAAUUUCCCCUCUGCAUUGAUUAUGCCCUUGUUCCAACCUGUGAACCUCCAGAAGCUGUGUUAAAUUUUAGGUUUCCUGGGUCCACUUUGAUAUAAUAUUAGUCUACAAAAGAUUUUCAUAUGUCCCUUCCCAGGAUAGUCAUUCAUUUUGUCAUCUGUAAAGAUGUUUAGGUAAUAAAACUUGCAACCGACAUUGA